AUAGCGAACUAAAAUCCCUCGCAAACUCUCUAUUUGCUCCGUUGCGCGAAUUUAGUCCUCACGAAUAUAAAUGCAUUUACAGUAUGAUCAGUUUGUGAUAGCCAUGAGUGACUUAGCUGUUCAGUUCUGCUACUUUCAAGUUCAUUAUAACAAUAUUAUACAAAGUCAUCCUUAGUCCAUUAGAUAGAUUCCAGUAGCAUCGGAUCAACCUGCAAAUCUAUGUGAAACAUGGAAACACAUUAACAUAUCAAAAUAGCAAUUUUCAGCUUUGUGUAGCCUGAUUAGUGCCUUAACAUAGGUUCACUUUUCCUGUUUAGGUUUCACACCGUUGCAGCUGCACACAAACAACAAACAUGACAUGGCUCUAAAGAUCACCUGUGGAUUCGGUCGUGUUGGUGUUCGUGAUAGCAAGGUUUUAGGCUUGUCUCAAGAAGAAAGACAAGCAACAAAGUACAGUCAGGGAAGCCUUGAUCAGAGAUACGAGACCUUUCAGAAGAUAUUUGGUGAAGGAAAAGAGAACAAUCUGAGCUUUGAAGACUUUUGUUCCAGUGCGUCCCACAUUCAACAAGUUUUGAACAACUGGACAAGGGGGUCUCGCGUAGAGAAGGCAAAAUUGUUGGAACACUUUAGCCUUAACAACUGGAAGAAACUGAAUGCAGCCACAAAACGAAAACACAGUAUUGUAGGUCCAUGCCAAACUUGUCUGCUGGACCACGGUACCUACUGGAACUUCUACAACAAGCAGAUCAAGUGUGUCAGGGUGCGUAACGUACUGAGUGACUGUGUCCCACACCUGACUCAAGUCAAACGUGUCCUUGCAGAAGUGCAACAAGUGGAAACGAAGCAAAAGCAACAAGAAAAGGCCAAGAAAAGAAAGUAUGCAAAAGCCAUAAGAAAAGGCAUUGAAGGUGCACAAAGAAGCAAUAACAAAGAUGUCGAAGUGGCUUUCGGCUAUGGAGAAUCCCUUAGUGGAAGACGGAACCGAAGACUGGCUGAGGAAUUCGAGACAAGGGCAGAGGCAGAAACACGAACAAGAAAAAGAAAGCUUCAAGAGGAACAAGGAACCAGGAAGUGUAAGAAAAGACUGGGGAACUUUGGGAGGUGGGCUGACUUUGACAGGGAAGCACUUAAGGAGGAAGUAAACAGUUAUGAAGACGGGACAGAGAUCAACUGGAAGCAACUGGCUCUCAAAUAUGACAUCAAAGGGCCUGAUGGGAAACAGAUGGCAAAUGCUGGGCAACUCCUCAAACUGUGGCUACAGGAAGAAAAUGUCGACACAGACAGAUUUGAGAGGCAAGCACCGUCAGUGCGUAUACGCAGAGCCAGGCUAAGAGUUGGUGUGGGUUCGGACAUGACGGUUCCAAAGAAGCGUACAGAGGAGCAGAUUAGCAAGGAACUGUCAAUCAUGAUUAGAGAUGGGGAAGUUCCUAUCGGCGAAUUUGUUGUUCCGAAGACCUACAAGAAAUACUUCCUGAACAAAGACACAAACAACAUUGAGACUACAACAAUCACUAUGGAAGGACGAAAACAACAUCUCCUAAAAGUCAGGGAGCAACUGCUCGAGUCACAACAACCGUUCAUGAGAGAGGCCAGAAACUAUGACCUGUUAACAAGGGAACAAAUACAGCAACGUUUGAUGGAACUGGGGGAAUACAACGAAGAGGAAACAGAACAAUCCAUGCGAAAACGCUUGAAAAGCAUUGAAGGAACCAGACAUCUCGUGCCCUGGGAGGACGGUGCAACACUUGCUAACCACGGUUACAUCGUUUACGUGGUCACCACCUUAUAUGACCCAGCCAUUCAUCUCACAGACGAGGAGUAUUAUCAGAAAUACAACCUUCGACUCUCCGUACAGUCUGCAGUAGAACAGCCACGCAUAUAUAUCAUCGCUAGAAGCAAGAGUUCUGAUGCUGAACAACUUCUGUAUUCUGAAACGAGAAGGGACGACCUACCUUCUCUUGCUGUCCCAGUAACGGCACCAGAUGGAAGAGAGUAUCGAGACAUCCUCCGGUUCUGCAAAGGAGAUUGUCCCUCUCGCCAGUUUGAAAUGGGGCAGCAGAGAGGGGGUUUCCACCCCUGCCUAUGCGCUGUGGACAUCAGGGAAGUCCACAGCUUCUUCACAUGCACACAUGUAGAGAAUCCUGCCCAGAGUAUGGAAGACAGGCAAAAAUUCAUUCUAGAUGGGCCUAUCACUUCCCAGAAAGCAUCGUCCUCACUGCCAGAUCCCUUCAGUCAGAUGACCAAGGAGGAGAUGAAAGAUGAACUAACCUCCAGAGGGGCAGUGCCGUACGAGACGGUGGACACCAUGACUAAACAUGACCUGCAGCAAGAAAUGAAGAAGAUGCUUCGUGGCAUAAAGAGAAUGCCAGCCCUCCUCCAACCAAACCCCACACAAGACUUAACAGAACUCAACUUACAGCACCUCGAGGCCCCAGCCUGUGAAAGUAUGCACGACCUGUACAACCAUACAAAAAACAUCUUGGAAGAGCUACCAGCGCAUGUUUCAAGAGAAGUAGCAGAAACAAUACAAACUGUGAAGACCACCAUUCUUGGGAACAAAGAUACCGUUCGAGCAGUCGACAUGCGGUGGCUACUGCUAGUGCUGAUUAAGGAACUGGAGAAACAAGGGCAGGCAGAAGAGAAGGUCAUGACACUUCUGAGCACUCUUGCCGAGAUGCAAAGACUGUGUUAUGCAGCUGCAGAGGACCGAAACAUGACCAGCAUCUUCAGAAUGCAAAACACCAUGUUCCUGCACCACCUCAUGCUGAGAGAAUGCUUCCCUGGCAACCCCAAAAACAUCACAAGGAGAAAGCUCUGGGGCCAAUACAUGCAUUCACUAAGAGACCAUACACCCGUCAUCUUCAGGGUUGCUCCAAUCAGCUCACUCCUCGCUGAGAAUGAAGAGAGGCAAUUCGGAACAUUCAAAAGAAUAACAAAAGCAUCGGCAAACUAUGCGAACGCGGGGCACAUUAUCACAAACAUUUUCGUAAGGUCACACUUCCAAAGCAAGAAUGCUGGCUCUACAAGUGGACAACAAAGCAACAAAAUAUCAGAAACGGCCAAGCUACUGCCCCAACACAGAACCAGAAUUCCUGUGGCCCUGAUGAAGAAGCAUCCGCGGGACGCACAAGCACACUGUGAGCGUGUGCCAGACUUCCUUCUUCCUGGCUACGACAUACACUGGCACAUAGAAGAAGAAGUUGUAGUCUUCCAUGACGCGCCAUCACAGGACACACCCUCUCACCCCACUGGCCAAACUCCACAUCACUUCAGAUCCACAUCCAUCAAACAGGAACACGAGUAUCUCCAGCAGACCUGGGAAAGAUGUCUCCAGGAAGGGGUACCCAUGCCAAUCAGUAGGAUUUGGGUGUACGAAGGACAACAUCUGGCAAAGAGGAUGACAACUCCAUUUCUGGACACAGGUCAUGUAUUCACUGGACAGAAAUACCCCUACAUGGAGGACAUUUCGGAACCAGAGAACCCUCAGGUGGAAGAAGAGCAGUUAACAGAUGAGCCUGACUAUGGAGAGAUGGAAGAGACAGAGGAUGAAGAGGUCAUCAGGAUGGACCGAGUUGAUCCUGAGCCUGAACUGGAGCAGUUGGAAGAUGAGACUGAAAUCAUGAAACCAGAUGAACAGGCAGCUGCCAGUCAGGUUGUCUUCAGAACUCCACUUAAGGCCAUCAAUGGAGGACCAUGCCAAUCUCCCAGUGACAUCAGGUCUAGAACAGAAAGAAGAGGACUGGCAAGCUGUUUGUCACCAGAGAGUACCCCAGUCUCUACACCCCCUAGAACACCCAUGAGGGAGGUAGAGCGUACUACUGGCAACUUUGAUGAUGAGAGUACCAAGUGCAGCAGCCUAACCACACCAACCAGUGCAAGAAGUGGCAGUGUGAACCUUCAAGGCAUCAUGACACCACCAGCAACUCCAUGUCCUGUCAAGAACAAAAGCAGGGAUGAAUCAAAAUGGAGGACAAAGCUGGGAACUGCAUUGGCGGUUGUGCUAGGUGACGUUCCUCUCGUGCACCAGGCAGACAAAAUGAAGUCUAAGCUGAAGACCGCACCAAAGGACAAACGGCUCAAGGCUGAAUACGACACAUGUAUAGCACGGAUAUCGUGUCAUCUAAGUAGACAGCUAGGUGAAGAUAGGAGAGAAUUUGCAGGAUGGGAAAAGGAUUUCCUUGUUAGCAUGGGAAGACUACCUACAGUGUCAGAUGUGAGUUGUAAUGAGGAAGCUACUGCUCAAGAAAAGAGAAUCCGAUAUGCAGAGCACCUCUUGAGACAUUUUGGUAUCAAUUUGCACAAGGCAUAAUUCUCAGAUGUUCUCGUAUUCAUCAUAUGGAGUGUUAUGAAUCGUAUGCAUGACUUACUUUCCAAGUCCAAGCACUAGCAGAGGCUAAGGCUUCAGCUUAUUUUUUGUUCUUUAAGUGUUUUCACCAGCCUUUCUUUUUUGUACCGUUAUCUUUCUUUUGCCUUUUUUUCAGUUAAACAUCUAGGUUUGAGGUCAUUUACCUCAAGGUAACAGGAUUGAUAAUUUUGAUAAUGAUGAUUAUUGUGGUAUCACCCAUCUUGUGAGUGAUGUAUGAUGAAGCGUUAUUGGUGACUUGUGAUGUCUGAAAUUGUCAUGAGUCGAUGUGAACAUUAUGCACUGGAAUAUCAGAUUUUUUGUUCGUUAUUGCAGUCAAGUAUAAGGGCAAAAUAUGGUCAAAUUAUUCCUGCACUACUCAUUUGUUCUAGGAACAGUAGUUUUCAAAACAUCUAGAACUUAGAAGUGUACAAAAUGAACCUCAGAGCCAAUUUUAUGAUGGGAUAAUUAUGAUGAUAAUUAAUGUUGGCUAGUAAAGAACUAUUAUCAUUGCAUUGUAUAUAUUGUUUGUCAGCACAACAGUACUGUCAGUACUGUAAUUUCAAUUCAUGUACAGAUACCAUAAGAUUUUAAUAAAUCUCUCAAUAUACAGAGUAAA